UCUUCAUGAGCAGAGUAGAGGAGGGAGACAGGACGGAGAGAACGGAGGGAUCUCGAUUCCAAAUUGUCGGCUUAAGAAAGACAUUUUGGAUCCAGAGAGCGGUGGCUGCCGGGAGUUCGUCGUGGGGAUAGAGAGAGGAACUUACAAACGGAGGACUAGCAAGAACCGGCCGGUGGCACAACAAGACGGGCGGUUGACAAGCUUUUACAUACAAAGGAUAAGAAAUAUAUACAAGAGGCAGCUAGAUUUUGCACAAAGAAUAUUAAAUAUGUUUGCCGUUGAUGGACGCCUGGCCUGGUCGAACGGUCAGAUGUGCAUUUUGCUCGUCUGACUUUUCUAUGAGAGGCAUCGAGACAAUGCUGAGAUAAAGGCACUGUCACUUGCCUGUUUGUUUUGGUUAACCAGUGGCUCGAAAAGACUCGGUGAAGGGACCAAGGCGUUCGUGUCAAAACAUUGAAACAGUGUUAUUCCAUCAGGUUGUAUAUUAGGGCACAGUACAGGUCGUGCCUGUGGGUGAUGCCAGUUUAUGUUGUCAUGUUUUUGAACGCAGUCGUCUGAAGUGUUUUGUAUUUCGGGCUAGCCGGAAAGCUAGCAUGCUAACCGACUAGCCUCUCGUAGUUAGCAGAGCUACCUCGAACAGUGUGGGGGGGUCGAAAUAAAAUUACAGCAACUGAGUUGUUUUGGGUUCAAAUGGGGUUAUUACUGUGACCUGUUCUAAUUUAAAAGAAAUAAACUCAUUGAGUGUCACAUGUUUAUUUAGGGACCAUUUUCCUUCUCUUGUUUUGCUAGCCGUGGAGCUGCUGUGGGACUCCAAGCUCAGCUGACUUGACAAACAGAGAUGAGGUGGUUAAAUUAAAAUAAAAGUACAAUUACAUAACUUCUGCCUCACAAAACCCCCAAAACAUAACUAACGUAUUUUUACAUGCAAGUGAGUAACUACAGCUCGUGCUGUCAGAUAAUAUUAUUUGCUGUGUAGUUUGCAAACUUAAAAGCAAUAGGGGACAGGCUUGAGACCACUGGAGAGUUGGUUUGUUUUGAGGUGGCUUAUUUUAUCAUUUUUAUCGCCGACUAAUGCGAUAGAUUUAUACCUCAUCAAAGGUCCAAACAAUACAUCGCUGCGGUGUGUUUGUCCCUUGAGUCUACGUUGUGAAUUAACUCUUACUCACACGUAGCUAUGUAAGACACCUGAUAUUUGGCACAAGAUAUAUAUUUGACAACACUGUUUGAGUUGAUUGAAUAUUUAGAUAUGAGUUGUCACUUUAGUCACAGACUAGACACCUGACCAUCUCCAACAAUUGAAGCACAUUCUCAAAAGAUGGAUUACCAAGCAAGUCUGAAGCUUUAAUAUGACAGUAGUGAUGUGCAAGUGCACCAUUUAGACAUAUUUUUGAAAGAGAGAAUCAAAAAGCAUAGUGGUUUUCUUGAAAGACUUCACAGGGACUUCUUUGGUUGAGCUUGAGUUUCCCCUCCCCCUGCUGUAACUCGGCCAAGUGCGAGUGUCACUCUCUCAAAACAACAAAAGCAAGGAGGCACGUUUAGCUGAAGUCUCCAGGUCUCCGUGUGAGAACCGUACACCGCGAAUGCAAUGGAACUGAUGUUCGCUGAGUGGGAAGACGGAGAGAGGUUCUCCUUUGAAGACUCGGACCGUUUUGAGGAGGAUUCUCUUUGCUCAUUCAUUUCUGAGCCAGAAAGUCUCUGCCAGAACUGGAGAGGAUGGAGGAAACAGUCUGCCGGUCCAAAUUCACCCACUGUGAAGAUUAAAGAUGGACAAGUCAUCCCCCUGGUGGAGCUGUCAGCCAAGCAGGUGGCGUUCCAUAUUCCAUUUGAGGUGGUUGAAAAGGUCUAUCCUCCUGUCCCUGAGCAGCUACAAUUACGGAUCGCCUACUGGAGCUUCCCAGAAAAUGAGGAGGACAUCAGAUUAUAUUCAUGUUUGGCUAAUGGUAGUCCUGAUGAGUUUCAGCGUGGUGAGCAGCUCUAUAGGGUGAGAGCUGUGAAAGACCCUCUGCAGAUAGGUUUCCACCUCAGCGCCACAGUAGUGUCACCUCAGGCUGGCCAAUCAAAAGGAGCUUACAAUGUGGCCGUAAUGUUUGACCGCUGCCGCAUCACUUCCUGCAGCUGCACGUGUGGAGCGGGAGCCAAAUGGUGUGCCCACGUUGUGGCCCUCUGCCUCUUCAGAAUUCACAAUGCAUCUGCAGUGUGUCUUCGAGCACCUGUGUCAGAGUCCCUGUCUAGAUUACAGCGAGAUCAACUCCAGAAGUUUGCACAAUACCUCAUCAGUGAACUCCCACAGCAGAUUUUGCCGACUGCUCAGCGUCUCCUGGAUGAGCUCCUUUCUUCUCAGUCUACCGCUAUUAACACGGUGUGUGGAGCCCCAGAUCCUACUGCUGGCCCUUCAGCCUCUGAUCAGAGCACUUGGUAUUUAGAUGAGUCCACCCUCAGUGACAACAUCAAGAAAACCCUGCACAAGUUCUGUGGCCCCUCACCUGUUGUAUUUAGUGAUGUGAACUCCAUGUACCUGUCAUCCACUGAGCCUCCAGCGGCUGCAGAAUGGGCUUGUCUGCUGCGGCCUCUGCGAGGAAGAGAACCAGAGGGCAUUUGGAACCUUCUGUCCAUUGUCAGAGAGAUGUUUAAGAGGAGAGACAGUAAUGCUGCUCCCCUGUUAGAGAUCCUCACCGAACAGUGUCUCACCUAUGAACAGAUCAUUGGCUGGUGGUAUAGUGUGAGGACAUCCCCCUCUCACAGCAGUGCCAGUGGGCACACAGGACGCAGUAAUGGGCAGACAGAGGUGGCAGCUCAUGCCUGUGCCAGUAUGUGUGAUGAAAUGGUGGUCUUAUGGAGACUGGCAGUUCUAGACCCUACAAUGAGUCCUCAGAGACGUUUGGAACUUGCCGCCCAGCUGAAGCAGUGGCACCUGAAGGUUAUAGAGAUAGUGAAACGGGGGCAGCACCGUAAAUCCUUGGACAAACUCUUCCAGGGCUUCAAAUCAGCUGUGGAAUGCUGCUACUUCAACUGGGAGGUAGCCUACCCUUUGCCUGGCAUCACCUAUUGCAAUGCAGAUAAGAAAAAUGCCUCAUUUUGUUGGGCCAGGGCAGUGCAGCAGCAGCGAGGUGCUAAAGCUGGUACUAACGGGGACCCUCAGGAACCUGGAGGAAUGCGCAGUGGAACUGCUGAAGCUACCACCUCUGAACACAAGUCAAGGAGCAAUUCCCAUCCCCCCCAAAAAGAGGUGGCUGUCCGACCCAAAGAGACAAUUGUGAGCAAGAGGAAAGGAGUGUCGGGGGUGAACAGUGGUGGGGUGCUAGUUCGUCUUAGUGGUGGAGUCUCUCUUUCACUUGAGGAGGGAGGAAAAGGUAUGUAUAAAGCUAGUGGCUCCUCCCCAUCAACUGGAAGUAAAGCUAAGCUAACUCAGAGCAACAAAGGCUCUGGUGGAAGUUCAAGUGCUGUCGGCGGGAAGCAUCCCAGUGCUAAGCGGCGAACCAGCAGUGAGGACAGUUCUCUAGAACCUGACAUGGCAGAGCUCAGUCUGGAUGAUGGCUCUAGCCUUGCGCUGGGGGCGGAGGCCAGUAACACCUUUGAUUUCCUUCCUCCCCCUCCUGAGAUGCUGCCCUCACCCAGCCCCCUGCUCCGAGAGCCACGCAAAUACAGCAGCGCUAAUAUUACUAAAGACCGCACAUUUGAGACAAAGCAUGUGGUACACCCUGCCAUGCCCUCUGCUGCUAAUGCCCAUGCCUGCUUCUCUAAGGAGAGCUCCAUGCCAACCACAGUAGUCGUAGCUAUGGAGAAAGAGGUGGUGGUAGAUGCAGACCUGGAUGAGAAUGGGGGAGAUGAGGACCCAGUAGACGAUGCUCGGCCCUCGACGUCAGUCACCAGCAAAGCACAGCGAGUCCGGAGAGAGGGUGAGGGAGGUGGGGCCUCAGGGGCACCUGGACCUCAGGCUGCUGAGUCAGCAUCUGGAAGAGAUGCUGUUGGUGAAGACGACUACCAGGCAUAUUACCUUAGCGCUGCAUCAGAAGAGGGAGCAGAUAGAGGGGUUGCAGAUGGCAACCAUGAGGAAGAGCCAGACAUCUUUGCUGGGAUUAAACCUCUGGAGCAGGAGGGCAGGAUGGAGGUACUGUUUGCCUGUGCAGAGGCUCUCUACGCUCAUGGCUACAGUAAUGAAGCAUGCCGAUUGGCUGUUGAACUUGCUCGAGAUCUGCUGGAAAACCCGCCCGACCUCAAGGUGGAGCAACCACAGACAAAGAGUAAAAAGAUUAAGGUGUCGACUAGUAAACAGACCCAGGUGGCAACUAACACCCUGUCUAAAGUUGCCUUCCUGCUGACUGUGCUGAGUGAGAGACUGGAGCUCCAUAACCUGGCUUUCAACACUGGCAUGUUCUCCCUGGAGCUGCAGAGACCACCAGCUUCUACUAAAGCUCUUGAGGUGAAACUGGCAUAUCAGGAGUCAGAAGUAGUGGCUCUGCUGAAGAAGAUUCCUCUUGGUCUUGUAGAGAUGACUUACAUAAGGGAUAGAGCCGAGUUGCUCCGUGAUGGAAACUUCUGUGAUUACCGGCCUGUUCUGCCCCUCAUGCUGGCUAGCUUCAUAUUUGAUGUACUCUGCACCCCUGUGGUUUCCCCCACGGGCUCUCGACCUCCUAGCCGUAAUCGUAACAAUGAGAUGCCAGGAGAUGAGGAGCUGGGAUUUGAGGCUGCUGUAGCAGCUCUUGGUAUGAAGACAACCGUCAGUGAGGCGGAGCAUCCUCUAUUAUGUGAAGGCACAAGGAGAGAGAAAGGAGAUUUGGCUCUAGCACUGAUGAUCACCUAUAAGGAUGACCAAAGCAAGCUAAAAAAGAUUCUGGAUAAGCUCCUUGACCGUGAGAGCCAGACCCAUAAGCCUCAGACUCUGAGCUCUUUUUACUCGAGCAAACCAGCCACCAGCAGCCAGAAGAGCCCUUCCAAACAUGCCGCCCAUGGUGCCAGCAGUAACACUGGAGGAGUAUCAAAGCACACCUCUUCAACAACAUCAGCUUCUGUGCAGGGCGUGACUAGUGGGGGAGUGGCAGGGCAGCAGGGAGGUUUAACGGGUGCUGGAGUUCAGAGCACAGCAACGGGACAGGGCAUCAGUGAUGAUAGAGAUCAAGAAGGUGCACAGUCAACCCCCUGCGAGCAGCAGCGUGAAGCUGCACCCUUCAAGCCUGAGGGCACUGUGCCCAGUCGCCUGGCACUGGGGGGCCGCGGGGCAUAUGGCACACGCUGCUGGGGAUCACCUGUACGGCAGAAGAAGAAACAUACAGGGAUGGCAAGCAUUGACAGCAGUGCUCCAGAGACCACCUCAGACAGCUCCCCAACUCUCAGUCGACGCCCACUUCGAGGGGGUUGGGCAGCAGCUUCCUGGGGGAGAGGCCAGGACAGUGACAGCAUCAGCAGCUCUUCCUCUGAUUCUCUGGGCUCAUCAUCAUCCAGUGGCUCACGCAGAGCUGGAGGAGGAGCCAGAGCAAAGAGUACUGAUACCAGCAGGUAUAAAGGCCGUCGGCCUGAAUGCCAUGCUCCACAUGUGCCCAACCAGCCAUCUGAGGCAGCUGCCCAUUUUUACUUUGAGCUUGCCAAGACUGUGCUGAUUAAAGCUGGAGGAAACAGCUCCACAUCCAUCUUCACCCAACCCUCUGCCAGUGGAGGCCACCAGGGGCCCCACCGCAACCUGCAUCUGUGUGCCUUUGAGAUUGGCCUGUAUGCCCUCGGCCUGCAUAAUUUUGUGUCUCCCAACUGGCUGUCAAGGACGUAUUCCUCACAUGUAUCCUGGAUUACAGGCCAGGCCAUGGAGAUCGGGAGUGCUGCCCUCAACAUCCUGGUGGAAUGCUGGGAUGGGCACCUCACGCCUCCAGAGGUGGCAUCACUCGCAGACCGUGCAUCACGAGCACGGGAUCCCAACAUGGUGCGUGCUGCAGCAGAGCUGGCCUUAAGCUGCCUGCCUCAUGCUCAUGCCCUCAACCCCAACGAGAUACAGAGAGCUCUGGUGCAGUGCAAAGAGCAGGAUAACAUGAUGUUGGAGAAAGCCUGCAUGGCGGUUGAGGAGGCAGCAAAGGGAGGAGGUGUAUAUCCCGAGGUUUUGUUUGAGGUGGCUCACCAGUGGUAUUGGCUUUAUGAGCAAACUGUGGGAGGCGGCUCAGGGGCCCAGAGAGAGAGUUCUGGACGCUGCAGGGCCAACGGUGGAGCUGGGAGAACGCCCCCAGAGGGAGGCUGUGGUAUCCUGGAAAACACCAGAGCCUUGGAUUCAUCAGGUGUUGCAGCAGUAACUACAACAGUAACAGCGGCUGCUGUAGUACCUGUAAUUUCCGUCGGCUCCACCAUCUACCAAUCACACGCACUGCCCGGUUCAGCCAUGGCACACGCUCAAGGCCUGCAUCCUUACACCACCAUUCAGACCCAUCUGCCCACUGUCUGCACACCACAAUUUCUGGGCCACCCACUUCAGCAUGUCCCUCGUCCUGCUGUCUUCCCCGUGUCUGGAGCUGCUUUCCCACAAGGAAUGCACCCUGCCUUUAUUGGUGCUCAGUACCCAUUUUCUGUGGCCACUGGCCCUCAUUCUCCAAUGGCAGCGACCGCUGUCACUUUCCCUGGAGUCCCUAUGCCGUCCAUGACCCAGAUUGCGGUCCAUCCAUACCACACCGCAGAGGCAGCACUGCCCCUCAGCACUACUGUGGCAGGAGUACACUCGGGCUCUACCAUCCAGUCUAUUCAGGGGGCUUCUCUUCCAGGAAUCUCAUCCCAGCCCACCUCACUGGUCAGCGCGCCCUUCCCUAUAGAGGACGAGCAGCAUAAUCAACCUAUCAGCCAGCAGGGGCUUCAUUAUCUACACUCAGCCUACAGAGUCGGCAUGCUGGCCUUGGAGAUGUUGGGAAGGAGGGCUCACAACGAUCAUCCAAACAACUUCUCCCGUAAUCCGCCAUACACAGAAGACGUCAAGUGGCUGUUAGGCCUCGCUGCACGUCUCGGUGUGAACCACGUGUACCAGUUUUGUGUUGGGGCAGCAAAAGGUGUUCUGAGUCCAUUUGUCCUGCAGGAAAUCAUUAUGGAGGCUCUGCAGAGGUUAAACCCUGCACAUAUCCAUGCACAUCUCCGCACUCCUGCCUUCCAGCAGCUUGUGCAACGCUGCCAGCAGGCCUACUUACAGUAUAUCCACCAUAGGUUAAUCCAUCUGACUCCAGCAGACUACGACGAUUUUGUGAACAUCAUCCGAAGUGCCCGUGGGGCGUUUUGCCUGACACCAGUUGGCAUGAUGCAGUUCAACGAUGUGCUGCAGAACCUGAAGAGGGGCAAACAGACUAAGGAGCUAUGGCAAAGGAUCUCUUUGGAGAUGGCCACCUUCUCACCCUGAAUGCUCUCUAGAGACCAGAAGGGAAAGGAACACUCAUUCACCUGCAGCUAUCCCCCAGACCACUUACACAAUCCCACAUGGGUCUCUCCAUUCCCCUUUGUAGGAAGUGCAAUCAUGCCAACUUCCUGUACAAGCCCACUCACAUGACAGAACAUAAAGUCAUGAGAAUGUGGUACAGAGCUACUGGGGCAAGUGAAUUACUCCAGUCGAUUGAUCCCCCCUUUGUAGAGUUGAUAAUCCAAGUGUUGUGUCUGAUUUGUCUUUUUAUCUUCUUUUCUUUAUUUGGUGUGUACUGUUGAACAACUAAAUGGCUAUCUGUUUUAUCUGUGUCCUAACAUCCUUCAUUUGCUGAUUUCUGUGCUUUGUGAUCACCCCGAGUUCAUUUAGAUGGUUGAUAAGGGGACAAAGGUUUUCAUGUUCAGUUUUAAAAAAAACAAAAAAAAAAAAAAAACACUAAGUGUCAGACUCCUACUACAACAUUCCUCUACCCUGGAGAACAGUGCCUCCACCAGUCAUAAAGGAUUUCAAUGUUGGAUAUUUGAUAGCAGUGUAAACAUACGAAAAAUCUAACUUUAUUGAAAGGAUUAAAGAGACGUUUAUUAUGAAACAUUAAUCAAAGUACGGGUGAGGAUUCUUCAAUGUUUUAUCAUUUGUUUUUAAUAUUUUGAAUAGUAUGGUGUGUAUGCAGAGAGCAGGAUGAGGGAUGGAAGUAUGUUAUUACUGACUAAUUUGUGAGUUCCUUUUUCCAGUCAACUGUUGGUGGCUUGAGUGCUGGAACAGAGAAGUCUGGCUGGACCAGAUUACACAGCUUUAACAUUUUAAUUACAAAUUAGACUUUAGUCCAAAAUAAUUAGGGCUUCCUGUCAUUUAAGUUGGUUUCAUUUCUAUGUGAAAUCCAGCUAUUUGAAAUGUAAUUUCCGAUACAGGUUCAUAUCUGUGCAAUUUCAUAUUUCAAGAAUUGGUCGAGCCUCACACAUGAGCUUUUUGUUCUCAUUGUAAAAUGUGUUAAUUGCUUCCCUCUGCCUAUCGUAGUUGAGUGGUCAUUAAAUGUCACUGUCAGAUUCCCAUGUUUCCAGCAUCAGCUCAGCCCCAACUUUGGAACUCUUUAGUGGAGAGUGACUGCUUAGAAAAUGUACUGUGAUAUUUUUGUAUUCUUCAAGUGUAGCUUGUUUAAAAAACAAAAAAAUAAACAAACAACAAUAUAAAAUACAUACCUACAAAUAUAUAAACUGCUGAUUGCAAAAGGCUGUAAUCCAGAAUAAAUGGGGGAAAAUUGAGAAACUAAUUUGGAACAAAGCAAUAUUAAAAUUGUAGUAUUUACUUAAUAAAGAUAAAUCAA